UUAUUUUUUUGGUGUUACUCACUUACCCACCAAAUGAUUCUCUAAGUUUUGUUGAAAAUUUUCAUCUUUUUAAGGAUCUAUUUUUCGAUUCCUGGUUGGGUGUGCGUGAGAUUGUGUUUGUUGUGGGGAACAUGAAGGGAGUGUAUUGGUUUCUAGUUGUAUCAGUGGUUAUUGCAGCAUGGAUUCCUCUCUCACACUGUUCCAAAAAACCUGUUGGGAUCGCUAGAAAAGAGGAUAUACCUUAUAUAAAGUGUCAAGUUUGUGAGAUUCUCGCUAAACAGUUGUAUCAGCAAGUUCAGAACAAAAAAGCUGAGAUUUCUCCCAAGAAGAUCUCGGAGUAUCAGAUCAUUGAGAUAGCAGAGAAUGUUUGUAAUCUGAAAAAGGUUGAAGCUGAUUGGAUAUUGCGUAUAGAUAUUGUUGAAAAAGAAGAUAGGUUGGAGCUGGAGGAACAUGACUCUGAAGGACAGUGCAAUUCUGAAUGCAAGACAAUUGAGCGUGCUUGUCAAGAUGUUAUGGGAUAUUCUGAUACUGAUGUUGCUGAAUAUCUAUAUAGUUCCAAGCCUGAUAUUGACUCAUUGAUUAAAUAUCUAUGCAAAGACCUUAGUAAAGCAUGCAAUACCAAGCCACCACCUGUCCCUAAGGACAGGACUCCUGGUGAACCAUUUGUUGCUAAGUCUUCGAAGGAGGCUGAAAUGGAAAAACUACUAAAAUCUAUGGAGGGCAUGCCAGGAGCACCCGGCAUGAAAAUGUACUCAAGAGAUGAUUUAAUGAAGAAUAAUUUCGGUGCUGAAAAUGACGAUGAUGAUGAUGAUGAUGAGGAUGAGGUUGACGAUGAGGCAGACUUUCCCUCGAAAUUGGGAAAAGUUUUGAGAUCAAAAGAAAACAAAAAAGGCGACUGGAAACAGAAGAUAAGAAAAGGAAUAGUGGACACAAGUGCAACGCUUAAGAAACACGCAACCAAAGUUUCAAGUCAUAUACGACAGUGGUGGAAGGGAAAGAAGACAACCUCCUCCAAGAAGAGUUCGAAGUCGGAGCUUUAGAGCUCUCAUAAACUAACCCUGCAUCUCCUGAUUAUGGAAAAUAACUUCAAGAUAUUUUCACAAUGUUUGGUUACUGGUACUACACACAAGACAGAUUGGAAGUAGGAAUAUUUGGAAGCAAUCAAAUGAGAACAUUACAAUCACCACUUUGAAUGAUUCAUAUUCCAAUCAAGGAUUUGGUAUCUACGUGUAUUUUAUUAGUGAGGCAAUUAUGCAUGAGGGUGGAUGUAUAUCAGCUAAACUACAGUGAUGCUUAAGAUGUUCCCUAGGGAGUUCAAUGUUCACCCUUCCCCACUUUGAGAUUCAUUGACAUCUAUUUUUAUGAAAAUUUUGUCACUCAAUUUACUGUGUCACAUCACCAAUGAACAGUUAAUAGAAUCAAGAAAACUCAAAUCCUAAUA